GGGGUGGAGCACACAGAGCGGUGUAGCAGCGGAAGGCAGGCUGGCCGGGCACUAGGCGGCGGAUUGCAGGCAGGAGUUGACAUGGAACGCUGGAAGGACAGGGUGGCCCUUGUCACAGGAGCCUCUGCGGGGAUCGGGGCCGCGGUGGCCCGGGCUCUGGUCCAGAAUGGGAUGAAGGUGGUGGGCUGUGCGAGGAACGUGGACAAGAUAGAGAAAUUGGCAGCUGAAUGUCAGAGCGCUGGCUAUCCUGGAACUUUAAUCCCAUAUAAGUGUGAUGUCUCCAAUGAAGAGGAGAUCUUGUCCAUGUUCUCUGCAAUUAAAACGUUACAUCAAGGUGUUGAUGUGUGCAUUAACAAUGCGGGCUUGGCUCGUCCCGAGCCACUUCUCAGUGGAAAAACUGAAGGAUGGCGGACAAUGAUUGAUGUUAAUGUUCUAGCUGUCAGCAUCUGCACCCGUGAGGCUUAUCAGUCAAUGAAGGAAAGGAAUGUCGAUGAUGGACACAUCAUAAAUAUAAAUAGCAUGAGUGGUCACAGAGUACUGCCAAGUUCGAUAUCACAUUUUUACUCCGCAACCAAAUAUGCUGUUACGGCCCUGACUGAGGGACUUAGGCAAGAACUUAGAGAAGAAAAGAGUCGCAUCAGAGCCACGAGUAUAUCACCGGGUUUGGUAGAAACCGAAUUUGCUUUUAAACUUUUUGAUAAAGACCCAGAGAAGGCAGCAGCCACGUAUGAAAGUAUCAAGUGUCUGAAAGGUGAAGAUAUUGCUAACUCAGUGAUUUAUGUUCUCAGUGCUCCUCCACAUGUCCAGAUUGGCGAUAUUCUUAUGAGACCCACAGAACAAGUAUCCUAGUGAUUGGAGUUAUUGAAGGAGAUAUUGGAAAAGAAAGGACUGUCUGUUUUACUUACCUCUACUGGCUGAUUUGAAAUUUUAAUUGUGUUCAGAGGAUCUUGUUUAAUAAUUCUCUGUCUUUGAAGAUUUUUACCCAAGAAAAAAAUAGCAGCAAUUAUACUCCCCCCCCCCCCCCCCGCCCUUUCCACUUUCCUUUUAUAGUCAGGCAACCACUUAACUAAAAACCAUUGUUGAGAAAAAAAAAAUAUAUAAAAAAAGACUAAUGAAGCCUUGUUGGGAAUCUUUCAAAACCACUUAUUCGGUAUCACUGGAAUUGAGCCUACAAAAAAAACCUUCUGUUUUGCUCAACCUUUAACUUUUUUAGCGAGUUUUUAUUUGUCUGAUAUAUUCCCGUAUCCAUUUAAAGCCUAUGUUUGAUGAUGGGUAAUUUAAUUUCUAUCUGACAUAUCUUAUAACACCUAAGCAGGGUUUGAACAUUUUUACACUGGUUUCUAUCAUGUAUUUGGAACGUAUUAAAUAUCCGAUAAGUGGCUGCUUUGUGUUUUUUUAUAAUUUGGAUGAAUCUGACAAAGUGGCAGAAAAUGCAUUAUGGAGCAAUUUAUGUGCAGUGUUCUGAAAAUGUGUGUGGUUUGAUACUCCUUAUUAAAUGUAAAAGGACUCCUA